GCGUUGUUGUCGCGUCACACGCGUGUGCGUGAUGGAUGCGGUGCGCGCGUGAGGGGGGCGGGAGCGCGUGGACCGCUCGAGCUCCUCUCGUUCGUUUCCUGACGUGAGAAAGACAAAAGAAAAAAAAACGGCAGGAGAGAAACGGGUUCGUGUUCGUCGGAUACUGAGGCCCGGUCGGUUCCGUGAGGCGGUAGUGCGCGACGCGUGAGCCGCGGGUCGGUGCGGGGGGAGCGGCGGGCCGUGGGACUCGAGCCCGUGGAGAUCAGACGGGCCUGUCCGGUAAAAACAUCGUCAUAUUACCAGACAUUUGUGUUGACGUUUGCGCUCUUGUGUGGCGUUUCUGUCGGUUUCCAGCAUCACGCUGACGGUGUGUACCAUUGUAAAAAAGAAACGAUCACAUUGAGAGGACGGAACUGAAAAAGCAACUGGAUGAUGUGACGCUGGCCAUGGACCACCAACAAUGAAAAAUACCUUACAAUAAUGGAUGAGCAAAGAAACAAAUAAAAAAAAAUGGAUCCUGCUGGAGUUCAUAGCUAAUAUGGGGAAAGUCCUAUGUUUGGACAAAGCUGAGCAAUGUCUGGUAGCAAAGAUUUCAAUGAAACAUGACUGGAGAAAGCAUCAAAUCCCCAUUACACAGGAAAUAUGAAAAAGAAUCACGACCAUGAACUUGAUCUUUAUCAUUUGUAGCUUCUGUGAAUAUUCGUGCCAAACAUUUUGUCAAUGAACUUUUUUAAUUUCACUGUGUGGCUGCUACACACAUACAUUUGCACAGUUACCACAGAGCAAAGACUUAAUUGAGGUGUUUUUUUGAUGGAAUAUUUUUUUUUUAAUUCUGGCUGACAGAGAGGGAGAGACUGUGUGUGACAACGCUAAACCUGAUAUCAUUUUACAUAGCUCUUUGGAUCUAGUGCCAAGUCACAUAGUUGCAAUCAAGUGACUCAAUUUCUGUUAUCGAAUGUGCUGCUGCUAUACUGUUUAUAAUUUACAUCUGUAAUUCAAGCAGCAUAUUUAUUCUGCUUAUUUUGUAAAAUUUCUAGUCAGCAGACCUUUGCUGGUCUCUCCUGCAUUGCUGCUUCAGAUGUGGCUACAUUUCACUUUAUUGUAAUCUUCAAUGUAAAGUCAUGCUUAUAUGAUUUUUUUGCAUCUGGCAAAGCUAAAACAGAACAUUCCAGUUUGCCAUUGGGAUCCUUUUAAUUAGAAAAUCGACAGUGACUGCUUAUCCAAACUGCAGAAAAUGCAGAAUUUUCCCAAUAGUCCAUUACCUCUUCAUCCAGGAUUUAGCCGGGGAGGAAGCAUUGUCAGUUCUCCGUAUCAGUCGCACACUUCAGAUCUUUCCCCCAGAUCCUCAGAGGACUAUGCUGCUAUGCAGCAAGCUCAACCUAACCUGCAGAGUCACGGGCAGCAUCUGCACUUGCGAACCCAACAGCAUCUUAUACAUGCUCCUCCUAUACAUGGUUAUGGAUCUAGGAGGGGGACUGGAGAGAUUACACAGGGAACCACACAAAGUGGCAGUACUGUAAACUCUUACCGUAAGGAGGGAAGUAUGGACUAUUAUUUUUCAGCAAGUGGGCGGGAAAGAAGCAGAAGAGGAUAUGGUGCAGGAUUUAGGUACUCAAACACAGAUGGACAUGCACCUCACCAGUACCAACAUUUGUCUGGAUCGGGGUCAUCUUCUGGAAUGAUUUCUCCUUACCCUAUGGACUACAGCUCCAGUGCUGGAUCUGGAGUUGGGGGUAGUAGCAGCAGUGUUUCUGGUUCGUUUUCUCCCUCCCAGCAAUACAGUAUGGUUCAUAACACUUCAGUACAAUCAGGUCUUCAAAUGCAGCAACGACAGCAUGGUCAAAAGUAUGCCUCGCAUCAAGGAUUACAUCAACAUCGGACAUACACUCUUUCUGGAAACCGAAUACCUUCCCAGUAUGGACACUAUGUCCCCAUUAGUACAACCUCUACUGGAUUGUAUAACUCUCAAUUGCAAAGGUACGAUGUGAGCAGCAGUGGCAACAGCAUGGAUGCCAAAAUGAAUAACUCACCCACUCAGUCUAAUCCAAAUUCUUCUGCUUCCAACAGCUGUGAGAAUUUGGCCCAAAGUUACUCAUCCUCCACUCACACCCCAUAUUCUCCACAAUCCAAGUCCCUUCACAAGCUUGCUUCUCACUCUCAGCAUGCCUCCCAGAGCACUGUGGUAGAUUAUGAUCCUUCCCUCAAAAUGCAGCAUCAUGUCCCUGCACACAUCAAAAAGGCCUGUUCCUCUAUCCCCUCCAGUCCUGCUCUGCCGCCACAACACCCCCAAGACCUUACUAAAUCUCCUGUGCACUCCCAAAAUCAACAGACUCGCAUUCAUCAAAACUUCAGUCCCAUAUCUAACCCCUCCCCUGCUCCAUCUGCUGUACAGUCACCAAGCUGCAGCUCUUCCUCAUCUCCACUAAUGGGGGCUUCAGAAGGGAACAGUACAGUUACUCAAAUGCAGCCUUCAUUUCACCCUUCAAACACCCAUAGCGCUCUAAGCCACGGACGGCUUUCACAGGCUGUACCUCAGCUGAGCCCAACUCCCAGCUCUAAUAGCAGCAUCAGUAGCUGUGGUAGCGGCCUAGGAACUAAGACAGUUGGUUUCAACAACAGUGCAGGGACUGGCCAGCCAGCCAUGAGUCAAAACCGAGUGGGUCUAGGUCAUCGAGGGGGCAUAGGAGAGAGUAUAGGAGAAGAUGGCUCUCUUUACCCUCAUGACAAACUUUUGCAGGAUCCUGGUCUAAAUAGCCUAAAUGCACUGACCUCUCAAGUGGAAAAUUUGCCUAAUACAGUGCAACACAUGCUACUAACAGACACGGUGCUGUCCCAGAGGAAGAGCAGAGAUGGAACACAUCAUGUGCUGAUACAGCAGGGAUCCCAGUUAGUAUCUGGAAACCAAAAGAAAUGUGGAAGUUCCAGUGUCAGUGGUCCAUCUACAUCAAAUGAGGAAAGUUCUGAGAUGCUGGAAACAAAGGGGGAUCAACGUAAACGAGUCAGGCAGGCAAGUGGAACUAGCAAUGAAUCAGAGCCACCCAGCUACCCAUCAUCACAGGCCAAGAUGCAGUUAGAAAAUAGUGAGCAUAAGUUAGAUCAGCAGGUUAACACUGGAGUUAUUUCAGCUGCUCCGAAACAACCGGCUGCAAGGUCUUCAGCAGUGCUUGCUCAAACAAAGACACCAGAAAAUCUCUCCUCCUCAUCUUCUUCCUCGCCAUCAACAGUUCAUCCUUCUGCAGAACCCAGCACAAAAGAACAGCUACAUCCUACGGGUCCCCUGUCUCCUACUCUGUCAACAUAUCCGAACUGUGUGGCUGAAAGAGACCCUGGUAAUAUUAAUAGUGGAAGGAAAGGGAAAAAGAUUAUUAAAAGUGAAGAAAGUGAGGUUGAAAUGGGAGAUCCUUCCUAUGAUGGGGAAAAUUCAGGAACUAGUUUUGCUAGUGUUAAGGAAUUGCGGUCUGUUUCUCCCAUACAGAAGGAAGCUAAGUUAGAAGGAACUGAUGGCAAUGCGGAGCAGUUUGAGGAUCCAAAUAAACAUGCCAAUAUUUCAGAACAGCAUAAUGUUGGAGGUGUUGGGGUUAUUGUUUCUGCACGUUCUGAAAUGAACACUGAAUCAACUAAGCACACAGGAGCCAAAUCUUCACGGUGUGGAGUUUCUCCUUACCCAAAUAAACACAGCUGUCCUGAGGAGCAAAAUGAUGUCAACAUCUUAAGAGAGACAAGAAAUCACAAUGGAGAAGGGGAAAUCAACAUGGAAACAUAUGUUUCACCAUAUAAUUUUUCACCUAAACAAGAAAGCAGCCAAAGCAUACCCUCAAAUAAUUCUCAUACCAUUUUGUAUAAACAAAGUAACCCUGAGGCACAUUACAAUGCCUGUAUUAGCACAAAGAACAAAGUAAAAUCUGGACCAGGGAGUGGAAUGGGCACAAAUAGAUACCCAAGUUAUCAUCAGCUCCAGGCCAGCUACGGAUCUGUUGCCAGCAAGAACACUGGCGUUUUUGCUGUGGAAGGGGGGAGGGGGGUUGUAUUAAGAGGUCUUGAUGGCAGUUCUCAGUUCCAGCAAUCGUUUCCCAGUCUUUUGCAAGAAGUCCUCCAAGGCCAUCACUUAGAUAGACGUUAUGGACAUCCUGAUCAGACCUCUAGUGUUCAUAAUCAGUCUCAAGAUACAUCCCAUCAUCGUUAUCAAGCAAGACUUCCAUAUAAUAUGAUAGAAAAUUUCAGCUCACAUGGAAUAGGCCCUCCACCAGUUAUGGGUGGACCUAAUGUCCAGUUCAAUCAGAUGACCUCUGGAAAAUCACCAAAUGUACAUCAGAAUCACGGACCAGAUAAAGAGGUGGUUUUAGGCUCAUCGCCUCGUCCCACUUGGGAUUCUGAAGCACAAAGACCAAACCUGACUCAUGGAAUCUCCUUGGAAAAAGGCAAAACCAGUCUGUCUCCCAGCCAACCCAGCCAUAUGAAUCAGCCAUCAGAUCUCACAACAGGAGCCCCUCCUAAGCACAUUAAUUUAGCUGAGUUUUCUUUGCAGCAUCGAAAAACAUCAAGAUAUGGUACUUCUCCGUCUGCUGUGGAACAACUGCUUUUACAAGAAACUGAACCAUUAGCAUGUGGAGUUGGUCACAUCAGUCAGACUCAUUCUCAGACAUCAUCGUCUUCAGGAAGGCGGUCAGUAAUCUGUGACAUGUCCCCCUCACGACUAACAACUCCAGAGAGAGACAGAGGAACCUCUGGAGCUUCAGUCAUUCAGCAAUCAGUUUCAUCUUCAAAUGAACAAGACUGCUGCAAGGAGGAAACAAAGGCAAAGAAAGAGCAAAACAAGGAGAACACAUCAAAGAUUGAUCAUUCAAGUCAUAAUUCUGAUGCAUACUGUAGCACACCAUCCAGUAAAGAUCCAAAUAAGUCCAUGCGUCUCCCUGUAGAUGUUGAUUCUGACUUGGAAAGGGUGAGUCGCGCAAAAAGCAAAGGUGAACCCACCAGUAACCUGACAUACCAUUCUCAAAUAUCCUCAAAUCUUUUGUCCUCACCACCAAGGGACCAGUCAUACUCUCAGGCUGUUGAUGGUUUUCGGACAUGUGGGUUUAGUGACACCAUGGAUGCGACAAAAAUGAUCUCCAACUCUACACCUCAUCGGCCAUUCCUCGCAGCCACGGCAUAUUCUAAAGCCACAACCGCUACUAACAAAUUACAAGCAUUUUCACAGAGCUUACCUCAAGACCAACCUGACUGGUCUCCUGAGAGGUAUAGGCUAAAAGAUGUGGAUAGACCUGUUCCACAGAGACUACCUGAACAGAAAUGCAAGUCCCAAUAUCCAAGUGAUAUUCUGUCUAGUCAGCAUCAUGUAUCCCGACAGCACUCUUAUCCUGGUUCACACUUUGACAUGAAAAUGUGGGAUGCUUAUCCAGAAAGAAAACGAGCUGGACAUCUACCCACUCACGACUCACGUGAACUUGUUUGUUCUCCACCAAUUGCAAAUACUGUUCCUAAACUAAGGGAAGGGGACAUUUCGGAGAGGAGUGCAGAAGAACCUGACAAAUCUUUCCACUCAGUUGCUUCAGAUGGUGGUGUCAGUCCUGCUGGGCACACCACUAAGGCUCCCCAAGGGAUUCAGCAGGGGCAGAGAUUUACCAAAACUGGACUUUCUGCAGAAACGAACCCCUUAAUCAUGAGAAGAAGAGUUAGAUCAUUUAUUUCUCCUAUUCCAGCUAAGAGGCAGCACCAUGAUGUUCCAGUUCAGCGGCCAGGAUCAUCUUAUCAUUCUUCUGUGUCCCACUCUGAGUCUAGACAUGUCGGCAACAACUGUUCUGCUAAUGCUGAUACUCAGCCAAAAUUAGCAUCCCCUCAGACACAACAAUCCAUAGCCAUUACAAAUUCUCCUCUGCAGUGCAAAACAAAGGUUCUUCCCCCAAGAAAAGGUCGCGGCCUAAAACUUGAAGCUAUCGUGCAGAAAAUUACUCCCAGUGUUAAAAAGACGGCCUUUAAUAAUAGUCAUGUAGAUUCUAAUUACUCUGACGUAUCUCUCUACGCCUCUGAAACACCUGACCCUGAGGGUGGUGCAUCAUUUUCUAGUGUUACUCAUGAAGAUGAGGGCUGUUUAGCUUACCUUGAUGAUGCUCAUACUUUAAAUGAUCUAAUGCCAUUUAGAGCAGUUGAAGACACUUACUCCUGUGAUUCUCAGUCUCUUAAAUCUGUUGUAGCGACUUCAAGCAGAGGUUUGCCAAAAGAUUUUGACUUUGGAUUAGGUGCUACUGGAUCUUCAGGCUCUUUGGUGGGUGAAAAUGAUAAAGACGAUUUUACUUUGUUUGGACCCCUGCCACCACCACCUCCAUUACCUUGUCCUGUACAGGGAUCCCCUCCUCCAUCUUCGUCUGCAUUGUCUGACAUACAGCAGUUCACAAACACUUACCAACAGCUAGAAACCAGACGAAGUGAGCAGUCGGCUGCUAACCUGCUUAGGCAGAAACUACAAGAAUCUGGAAUGGGCUUUGACGAGUAUGCAACUGCGGAUUACUAUGGUACCCCCACUGCUCAUGAUCAGAGUCCUGGGCAUCACCUUCUUUCCCAAGCUCCUCAGCACCAGAUGACCUCUCUCAAGUUGGCAAGGUCAGAGUCUAAAGCAUCAGAAAACACUGUGCCCAAAGGUUAUUUUCCAUCAGGUAAGAAAAAAGGACGACCAGUAGGCAGUGUGAAUAAACAGAAGCGUGCACAAGCUCAAAUUCCCAAUUCAGAAACUUCCAUACCUGUAGUCACUCUCACCUCACCUUUAGCUGCCCCUCAGUGUGUUCCAGCCUCAGACAUUGUCGGUGACGUGCCACAAACACCACCACCACCACCUGACGAGGAAUCCUGUCCAUCUGCGGAGGCUCCUGUUCAAAUCCAGAUUGUGAAGGUGGAUGCAGAGAGUGAAGAAACACAGACGGAAAUGGAUGUAAAGCCGGCUAGACAUAGACAGAAAAAGGGAGAAGAGGUCAAUGAAACUGUUGAUUCAGGUGGCAGGCAGAGGAGAAGGAGAGGAAUGCCUUCCAAAGAAGAGCUGAGCACUCAAACCAGCAGCAGGAGAAACAUGGGUCUUAGCGGAAUACUCUCAGAUGCCAGAAAUAAUAAUAAGUUCUCUCCUUACAUACAUGUGGAGAAAAAGAUAGCAGAGAUUGGGGCAGUUUGCACAAUAGUCAAUGGAGAGGAUGAAAAAUCAAAAGGUGGAGCCAAAGCCGAUACCCCAUCAAAUGCUUCACUGUCAUCUCAGCUAGUUAAAAGAGAAAAGGAAAACGAAAGAGCAAAGGAAAAUUGGGUAUCUGAACAGGUUGAAUCUGCUUUGAAGUCAGGAAAGACACUACCUACAUCUGGGUUUGUUCUGCCAGGGCCUGUGACAGCAGAGACUGGACACACUGGCCGUCUGUUAUGCUGCCUUUGCCAGAAGUGGGCCAAUUACAAAAAUCUUGGGGAUCUUUAUGGUCCAUUUUACCCUGCUGAGUAUGCAGCCAAGCUUCCUAAGAAUCAACCUCAGAUCCGUCAAACCUUGUCCUACCAUGGAGCAACUCCUGCAGGACUCAAUAGGACAGUUUUAACAGAAUCAACUCCCCAGGAUACACAAUUGCAUGACCCUCAAAACGUCAAGUCAUCUACAGAUAGUGAUUGCACCAUAAGUCAAGCAACAAACUCAACAUCUCCAGCCACUACCAUUGACACUGCCUCCCCUAGUGUAGGUGAGGAAAUGCUUUAUCAGAAUACUAAGACCAGCAGCUCGGCCUCCAAAGUUACUACUCACACUUGGGAUCAGGUGGCAGAACUGGCAAGUGAUCUGGGACCAUCAAAAGUGCAAGAACUCGAUAGUGUGAUUAUACUGAAGCAACUGCAGGUAGAAGAUUCACAACAAAGGCCUCAACACAGAAAACUGACAUCCCAUCCACGCUUCAAAAGAAGACACAAAUCCAGUGAAGAUUUACCCCGUACUAUACCCAUCAACAGCAAAGCAUCCCUGCCGUUCCAGCCUCCCCCUCCCAGCCUGGACUCCAUGGGCCCCAUGGCCCAGCUAGCGCAGCUCCCACUAGUGCCCCUAGACCCUGAAGAGCUGUGGGUGCAUGAGGGCUGCCUCGUCUGGACCAGUGGGGUGUACUUAGUUAAUGGGAGACUGUACGGCCUUCAGGAAGCGCUGGAUGGUGCUAAGGAUGCGAGCUGCUCUCAUUGCGAGAUGGUUGGCUCAACACUUGGCUGCUACAGUAAAGGCUGCACACAUAGGUACCACUACCUUUGCGCCAUUGAGGCAGAUUGCUCUCUAAAUGAAGACAACUUUUCACUGAGGUGUCCAAAGCACAAGAGCAACAGAAUUGCUAAGCCUGGAGCUGCAUAUCUGGAGCAGUCAGAGAGAGGAUGAACAUACACAAAACAAGACACACACAGAUCAGACCAGACAGGAUCCCGCUGGCUGUGUGAGUUUCAGCUGAACCAGGACACCAUUGUGCUUACAGAUGAAGUCAUCAUGGAUACAUUUUGGAAUGUAAAAAACGUUCACUAAAAACACUAUUAACUAUUGGAAAAUGGUAUGUCACAGGAAAAAGGUUUUCCACGUAUCACCUGUUCUGUGGAUAAAAGCAAAACAAAAUGAAAGAGAGGGCAGACAUCCAUCAGAGCAGAAGAUCGGACGUUCUAAGACAAAGAAACGCUAACUGCCUUCGGAAACCUGAAUUGAGAUUUCAAAUCUUUUGACUUUUGAGUCCAUCAUUUAUUUUUAGUAGUUUAUUCUCUUAAACAGUGCCCUGGAAGACUGAAAUGAGGAAAGGGGACCAUGUGUAAAGCCAGAAGGCACUAAGGAAGAACGAGGCAGUGUUUUUACACAUGUUCUAUGUAGUAUUUUAUCAUAACUCGUAUUAUCAUUAUCAUUUUAAGCAUCACUAUUGUUUUUUAACCAGUAUAUUACCCAUUGAUUCAGACGCAGUAUUCUGAGCGUUUGACUGAAUCUUCAUAUCAUUGAGCAGACAGUCUGAAGAAGGACCAGGAUAUGUGACAUCAUUGAACGUUCUCGUGGAAUGUCGAGGUCCGGUUGCCACAGAGACACUGUUGUCAUGGAGACCACACAUAUAUUGCCUUUGAAGGUGUGCCUGCGUGUGUGUGUGUGUGUGAGAGAAAGUUUUGCUGUGUGUAUGCUUGUGUCUGUUCUUUUGAUAAGUGUUCUUAUUGUUCACCUCAAAGGCUUUUGUGCCAUCGAUGAGAUAAAAGAGACAUUAGGAUGUUUUUCAAAAGCAUUAGGACUGCGCUGUGUCCAAGCUGGACUUCUGUCGUGAGAUGUUUAGCUCUCAUGACAUACGGUGUAAAGUCAGAAUGCUUCAGAAGACGUCCACCUGCCAUUCCGUUUCCACACGUGAGACAGACAAACAUUCCUCAGCCAUUACAAGACAAAAAAAAUUAUAGGCAUGUGUGCAAAACUCCAUCUUCGGAACAAUUGCUGUCAAUUUUUUAAAAAAUUCUUUCAAAAAGAAAAGCGCAAUGAAAAGAAUGACCAAUAUAAAAACAUGUUGUACUAGAAGGCUGUUAAUAUGCUUCUGACUCAUGAAUACAGUAUUACAAAGAAUAA